AUGCCUCGAGUGGUGAAAAAGGGCUCUAAGCCGGCUGCUCAGGCUAAGGGUCCUGAUGCCUUGGAUCUGGCUGCGAAGGGUCAUCAGUCGGAGCCGGCCACGCCGAAACCAUAUUUGAAGGAGGUGGAAGGCCCGUUCGGGGAUGGCGUUCGUGCUUCUCUGGUGAAACGGCUGUCUGCGCUGAAGUUUCCUUCAUCGGACGCGCCACCUGAAGGAAGGGACACCUCUACCAACGAAAAGGAAGACAGAGAGGAGGUGAAAUCGCCGACCGCUGCUCCCAAAGCACCUGAGGAAGGGACUGAAGACGAGGAGGAAGAGGAUGAUGGUUAUCUCAGCGAUGAUCCGGAGGAGCGUUUUGACCCGGUGAAGGUGGGUGAAAUCGCUGCACGCGCAGGCUUCUCCAUUACUCUGCUGGUUCCGAUUAAGUAUGAGGAGGAAGUUCCUCGCACCAUUGACACGGUCAAGGGUCUUCUCGCGAUAUGGAGGAAAUUCAUGUCUGCUCACGUUCUGGUGACGACCAAGUGCCAGGUCCUUCUGCCGGCGUGGCUGUCAAAGAAGCGGUAUGGGAGGCUGCAAGUUACAUUUCAGCAGGCAUCGGACGCGAACUACGUGUGGUGUCGCAGGAUUCAGCACAAGUUGUUGAAUGGGGAGAGCAUUUACCUGGAUUGGCAGCAUCCGGAGAACCCGAUUUACAUCCAGGAGCGUGCGGCCAACCCGGACUCCAUUGAGGUGUUGCUGAAGAGUGUUCCGGCUGCCAUUACAUCGGAGAUGGUGUAUGAGUACCUCGUGAAGACAGUGCUGGAGAAGCGGGGCCGGACGCCUUUCCUUAGCGGUGCUGCUUUCCACAGGGUGGUGGACCCGGCUGUUGGGGCCCUAAUCGAGUCUGCUGACGACUUCGUCGCCUCGUACCUGAGCAGCUGCAUCCCUGCCGCUAGAUGCGCGGGUGAAGAAGAUCUUACGCGACCCUGCUGUGGUGCUGAUCUCCACGGGGGGAAGCCGGGAGGAAUGGCUUUGCGUCCAGGAGGCAUGUGGCAAGGCGCAUGGUUCCAGUUUUACGCAGGCGCUGGCGCAUGUGGAUUAAUGGAUAACAAACACAACCUUACCUUGUGCGAGGUCAAUGUUAACGGCCUCGGGAGCAACGGCAAAAGAACUGCACACGCUAAGUGGAUUAGAACGAUCGCAGAUGUGGUGGUGCUUACGGACACGAGAAUAAUAGAAGAUCAUAAUUUCUGGACGCAAUUGAAACCAUCAUCAGCAGCGGUGGUGGGAAAUUGCGAAAGAGCAGGUGGGGUUGCGGUGCUGUCUUUUAAUGAGGAAGUGAAGUUCACAGAGGUGGUCACUCACCCAUCGGGAAGGCUGGUGGGGGUCACAGUGUCGUGCUCGCAGACCUCCUUCAGGUUGAUUGCGAUGUACCUGCCUGCGCAGCCGUGUGCCAGAGGCGUUUUCUUCAGAAGCUGUCUCCCGGUGUUUGUUCAAGCUCAGCCGACGUGCGCACACCUGGUGGUUCUGGGUGACCUGAAUUUGGUGGAGGACCCCGAUCUGGACAAGUCGUCGCGCUCGGGUUCGGGGAACGAGAAUCAGCGGCUGCUGGGCUUCUGGAGAACGGAGGACCUCAGGGAUGCCUUUCGGGUGCUUCAUCCAAACCGCCCGGAGUAUACCUUCAGGGACAGGGCGACUAAGGCGAGCACACGCAUCGACAGGGGCCUGGUGUCUUUCUCACUGCUCGGGCUGCUGGCCGACGCGCGCCAUGUUAAGAUCCCAAGGGGUCUGUCGGACCAUUGGUUCGGAAUACAACUUGCACUCGCGGUGGCGGCGCCGGCGGAACAGGGCCCUGGUAUAUGGCGGAUGCAAGCAAGACAGGCGAGGGGGAGCGGGGUUAGUACGGUGUCUGCUAACAUCCUUAAGAAAUUCGAGAACGAGGAGGGGAUGGACCUAGGGAAGAAGCUGAAGCUGCUCAGCAUGGGUUUAAGAGAAUACUCACGAGAAGAGCGGAAGAGGGUGAGGGCGACAGUGCAACACCUGGAGGGUGUGGUGGAGCGUUUAAGACACAAAGUGAUGAGGUAUCCCGAGGACAGGAGGGCGCAGAACAAGCUAAUUAAAAAAGAGGCGCACCUAGAGGCGUACCUUCAGAGCUGCAAAGACCGGAUGCAGGUCUUGGCGGGGAUCAAGGUGGAACUCAGGGCCAAAGGAGGUGCUAAAGGCGGCCGCGGAUCACUUCAGGUCAACCUGGGGGUUGUACCAGAGGAGGAGGUGGACUGGGGCGCUUUUUCAGAAGGCGCCAAGUUCUCAGAGGCGGAUGCUGAACUCCUUGGGGCUGUUUGGACGGAGGAGGAAGUCAAGCAGGCGCUGGAGAGUCUCCCGAAGGGGAAAUCCCCCGGUCAGGAUGGACUGCCAGCAGAGUUUUUCAUCGCGCACUGGGAGUUGCUGAAGAAGCACGUGAUGGACUUCGUCGGAGAGUUUGCUGAGAAGGCAAAGUUGCCAGAGAGCCUCUCGACCUCGGUGACCGUAUUGCUGCACAAGAAAGGGCCAACGGAUCAGCUGGGGAAUUACCGCCCCAUCACGCUCCUGUCAGCCAUGUACAAAGUGAUCACGAAGGUCAUGGCUACGAGACUGAAGAAGGUGUUGGGCAAGGUCCUAUCAAAGGAGCAGCAUGGCUUCUUACCUGGGAAAAGCCUUGCGGAUGCAGAUUCGGUGGUAGCGGAUGCAGUGAAGGCGGCGAACAGCGGCGGGGAGGAUUGGCUACUACUGUUGGUGGAUUUUCAGAAGGCGUAUGACACGGUCUCAAGAUCCUUCCUCUUCAGGGUCAUGAAGGAGCUGGGCAUGCCCGAAAACUUCAUUGGUUGGACCAGAGGACUGCACCCGCUGUACAGAGCCACGCAGCGUGAAGGGCUGGGUAUCGGACCGGUGGGGAAAGAGCCGCUGGCGUACAUGGGGUACGCCGAUGACACAUCCUUUCUGCUGAGCGGGGAGGCCCAGCUGCGGAGGACGGUGGAGGUGCUGGACACCUUCGGAAAGCAGUCGGGGCUGAAGGUGAACUGCGACAAGUCGGUGGUCGUGCCGCUGGGGAGCAACAGGGGAGAGCCGGUGCCGGCGGACAUCCCGUACAAAUGGUCGGUGCAGGGUGAACCGGAGAGGCUUCUGGGGGGGUGUGGGUAA